UCUCAGUGUAAUUAAUUUUUUUUUAGAGAAAAAAGAACUGAAUAAAAAGAAAUAUAGGCCCAUGAAUGAGUAUUACCUUGUUUGUUUUCUGUCUUGCAGAAUCAUAUGCACAGACACUGUGUUACUGCUUCAUAUACAACUCUUUCAGGCUCAAGGCGCCUUUCUUGUCCUUUGCAUCUUGUUCCAUUAUCAACAAUUACACUUUUCACACACACAUACACACAGAGACAGUAAAUUCCCUGUUUGUAUUUCUCUAGUGUCAUCAGUUAACUGUCCAUUACUGCCAUUCUUGCCACCAGUACUGCUGAUAAAAUAAGGAAAUGGGAUUCAUGCAACAGUUCUGCUGCUGAUCAAGAAAGUGAAGUUUUGGGGUUUUCUCAGAGAGAAGGAAGAUGAUAUUGGAAAGAUGUGUAUGCAUAUGUGUAUGCAUAGUGAUCAUCAGAUUGAUCAACGCAAAAGGUGUGGAGGGGCUACCACACCGAAUUCUUUUGGAUACGGAUGUCGAUACAGAUGAUUUCUUUGCUCUCUUGUACAUUUUGAAGCUUAACAGAUCAGAAUUUGAUUUGCAGGCCGUUACUAUUAACACAAAUGGAUGGAGUAAUGCGGGGCAUGCUGUGAAUCAUUUAUAUGACAUUCUUUACAUGAUGGGGAGAGACGACAUUGCCGUUGGAGUGGGAGGUGAAGGUGGAAUACUCGAAGAUGGCACCAUAUUGCCUAACGUUGGUGGAUAUCACCCCAUAAUCGAACAGGGCAAUAGUACAGCCGGAUAUUGCAGAUAUAGACAAGCUAUUCCUGUAGGCGCUGGAGGGAAAUUAGACAUUGAUACAAAUUUUGGCAUCAGAAAGAGUUUUCUCCCUCAGGGCAGCAGGAGAUAUACACCUCUUCGUCAGCCCACGGCUCAGCAAGUGAUGAUAGACAAGAUUUCUGCUGGUCCGAUCACUGUAUUUAUCAUCGGAUCGAACACAAAUUUUGGUAUUUUUCUAAUGAGCAAUCCACAUUUGAAGAGAAACGUCGAGCAUAUAUACAUCAUGGGUGGUGGCGUGAGGGCAAGAAACCCGACCGAUUGCUGUCCUAAGAACUCGACCUUAUCGUGCCAACCUGGUCAGUGUGGUGAUAGGGGCAACAUUUUCACGGACUACACGUCAAACCCUUAUGCAGAAUUCAAUAUUUUUGGGGAUCCUUUUGCUGCAUAUCAGGUGAUUCAUUCUGGCAUCCCAGUCACUCUUGUUCCACUGGAUGCCACAAACACCAUCCCAAUAUCUAGCAAUUUUUACGAGGAAUUUGAGAAGAAUCAGCACACCUAUGAGGCACAGUACUGCUUCAAGUCCUUGAAAAUGACUCAUGAUACUUGGUUCAGCGAUCAGUUUUUCACGAGUUACUUUAUGUGGGACUCAUUUCUAUCUGGCGUGGCUACUUCAAUCAUGCUCAAGAGCAACAACAGUAAUGGGGAGAACGAAUUUGCAGAAAUGGAAUACAUGAAUAUCACAGUGAUUACUUCAAACGAGCCGCAUGGAAUAUCAGAUGGCUCAAAUCCAUUCUUUGAUGGCCUUAAGAAGCCGAAAUUCAAUUUGAAGAGAAAUGGUGUUCAUAGUGGCCAUGUUCAGACAGGGCUUGGUGAUCCUUUCUGCAUUGUUAAGAAUGGCAAGGGCAGGUGCAAGGUCAUUGCUUUUUUUGGCUUUCUGUUUAUGGAUGGAUAUACAGCAGAAGUAAGUGGUCGAGAAGGAUUGCACAUUCUUGUUGCUGUAAGAGCAAAGCCUAACAGUGAUAGAAGCAGUCCAUUAAACAGAGAAUACUUCAGAAGCUUUCUUGAUGUUAUAAACCUCCAAGAACAUACUGGAAAGUUCAAUUUUACUACAGAGUUUCCUCAUUACAGAGAAGUCCUGUACAAACCAGAUUUUAAGGGAAGAAAACCUGGCAAGAAUGUUGUUUUUGACAUGGAUAUGAGUGCUGGAGAUUUUUUAGCCCUCUUUUAUCUCCUCAAAUUACCUGUUGAAGUAAUAAAUCUCAAGGCGAUAUUAGUGACUCCUACUGGAUGGGCAAACGCAGCAACAAUAGAUGUCGUCUAUGAUUUGCUGCAUAUGAUGGGGCGCGAUGAUAUCCCUGUUGGCCUAGGAGAUGUGUUUGCACUUAAUCAGUCCGAUCUGAUUUUUCCAGCUGUUGGAGACUGCAAGUACAGCAGAGCCAUCCCAUAUGGUAGCGGUGGCUUUCUCGACUCAGAUACAUUGUAUGGGCUGGCUCGUGACUUGCCUCGAAGUCCCCGGAGGUACACAGCCGAAAAUUCUGUGGAAUUUGGAGCUCCAAGAGACACAGAUCACCCUGAACUUAGACAGCCACUAGCUCUCGAGAUAUGGGAAUCAGUAAUAACAUCCCUCGAAUCAGGAUCUAAGGUUACCAUUUUGACGAACGGGCCAUUAACAAAUGUAGCGAAAAUUAUUCUUUCAGACAAAAACUUGAGUUAUCCCAUUCAGGAUAUAUUCAUAGUUGGAGGCCAUAUCAGCAGCCGGAAGACAGAUAAAGGAAAUGUUAUCAACAUUCCUUCAAAUGAAUACGCGGAGCUGAAUAUGUUUCUUGACCCUUUGGCUGCAGAGACGGUUCUUCAUUCACGGCACAAUAUCACUCUAAUCCCACUCAACAUUCAACGCGAAGUCUGUCACUUCUGUAAAAUUUUAGAGAGUCUGUACCUCGCAAACAAGACACCUGAAGCUUUAUUUGCCAGGCGUUUGCUCUCAAGAAUGCACCGGCUGAAGCGUACUCAUCCCAGAUAUCAACAUAUGGAUACAUUCUUGGGGGAAAUUCUUGGUGCAGUGAUCUUAGCAGGUGACAGUUUAGUGCUGAAGGCAACAUAUGGAGUCAGGAAAGUUCAAGUGUUAGCAACAGGUGUUGAAUCUGAAGACGGACAGAUAUAUAUGGAUCAAAAUAAAGGGAGUUCAGUGAGAAUAUUGGAACAUGUCAAUCCAUUGGCUUAUUAUGAUACAUUUGCAAAUCAACUUGGUGAAGAAAAGCAGUCUGCUGUCAUUGGAAGCUUUGAUGAGCAGAGAAGAAUGUGGAGUGUCCCACGGAUAUAAAACAAAAGAUCCCGUUGAACGUCUUCUGUGAUUCUUUUGAUGUUUUUUCCAAGUAAUCGGCAAGCAAAGAGCAGAGAAGAUACUAGUAUAGAGAAUUUGUACAGUUUUCAAAACGAAACACACACACAGGAAAUACAAUGGAAAUUCAACUUCUCGUCUUGUACA